ACUAUCACGAGCAUUACAAUUUGUAUAUUUGCUUAAACUUAUAUUGGAUACAUUUUCUACCACCCCCGUUCCCUCUAUGACUUUGUAGUUGCUUUGUAGUUAUUGUUCAACUUUAAGUUUUCAUGUUUUUGUUAUUCGUGGCGAGUACAAAUAUGCUUUAGAAUUUUUGAAAGCUGAAACAUGGUUGAAGGCAACAUCUUAUAAGGGUACAUUAGCCCACAAGGGAAGGAAAAGGUUAUUUGUUUAAACUUUCUUUUGAUUGCGGAUUGAGGAUUAUAGAGCUGCAGUUUGAAUAUAUGUCAUCACAUUGGCUAUCAGCAGGACUUGAAGGUAUUGACAAAAGAAGGAAGAUCUGGUGAGAGGUAGGAAGUCAGAUAAUUAUGUCAGAUAACUUGUUUAAAUGGAGAAGACGAGCUGCUGAGAAGUACUAUUAUAUUAUGACCAUGGAGGUGGUUUGAUGAAUCAAUGCUAGACUGUUGUGAGCCUCUAGAAAAAGUUAAAUCUAAAGGGAUUCCCUUUGGGAAACUCACUUGUCUGGCUCAGUGCGCUGGCGCAAAUGUUCAAGCUUUUCGUACAAGUGAGAGUUCAAUUAGUGAGUUUAGAAAUUACGUCAAGGCAUGCUCCAUCUCAGAUGAGUGUCAUGUCAUCUCAUCCUACCAUAGGGGGAUUUUCAAACAGACAGGAACUGGUCACUUCUCUCCUAUUGGUGGUUAUCAUGGUGGAAGGGACAUGGCACUGAUUCUGGAUGUUGCACGUUUUAAGUACCCCCCUCAUUGGGUCCCUUUAUCUCUUCUUUGGGAAGCCAUGGAUACGGUGGUUGAAGCAAGUGGCCAACGUAGAGGGUAUGUACUCAUAUCAAGACAACAGCAUGAGCCAGGACUUCUUUAUACCUUGAGUUGUAAGCAUGAAAACAGGGCUAGUAUAGCGAAGUACUUAAUGGAGGAUGUACCUCUUCUCUUAAAGUUAGAGAAUGUGAAGGACAUAAAGAGUGCCAUCUCUGCUGUUUGCAUGUCUUUACCUUCAAACUUUAGGGACUUUAUUAAGUGGGUAGCUGAAGUUCGAAGGCAUGAAGACGAUGGUCAAAGUCUAAGCCAGGAGGAAAUGAGAAGGCAUUUGCUGAAGGAAGAGCUACUCAAACAAGUUCACGAUACUGGUCUAUAUAAGCAAGUGACUAAAUUUCUAUCCUCGGUAUAUAUGUGUUCCAGAAAAAGUGCCAUGUUGGGUCAUGAGCACAGUUUAUCUGAUGUUGCAGCGGCUGUUUGUUGUGAGGGAGCAGAGCUUUUAACUGGUCAGCCUGGAUCUUCUGGUGGAUUUUGUUGUGAGAAAACAUGUGUGAAACAGAUAAGGGGUGAUGGUGGCAAGCCUGUGACUCUUGUCUCGGGAACAGUAAAGGAUGGUGCAAGUAAGCAAGGAUUGCAAAUUUUGGUCCCUGUAACUCAACAACAAUCCAAUUGCUGCUCUGACCCAAAUUGUUCUGGAAUGCACCCUGCUGGAAAUGAUGUUCUAACUGUACUUUUGCUUGCACUACCUAUGCAAACGUGGUCUGGUAUCAAGGAUGAAAUGCUUGUCCAAGAAUUGACAAGCUUGGUUUCUACUGAACAUCUUCCCACUUUACUCAAGGAGGAGGUAUUGCACUUGCGACGUCAGCUAAUUCUUCUCAAGCAAUGUCAAGAUAAUGAGGUGGAUGGCCAACUUAGUGUAUCUACGGUGUAAUGUAUAUUCUUCUCUAACAUCUCACAUUUACUUAGGAAAACAAACCACGUCUACAAAUUGAUUGAAAUUGGGAAUAGCUAUUUAUUCAUCUGACUCUUAAAGUUAGGUGGUCUCUAUGGGUUGAAAUCCCUUUCUUAAUGAUAUUUAUAAGAGAUUAAGCACAGGUAGCUCAAAGUCAUAGUGCUGAUUGAAAUUUUGUAAAGUACUUAGUGUUAAUUUAUGAGAAAGAGAUGACAUUAGAAAGGCCAUGCACAGCAUUUUUUUCUUUUUGGUGAAAUGGUUUCAUCACCUGCAGUAACUUGCUUGAUCAUAGAAUUCGCUAUACCUGUUACUCGGUGUGGCGGUGUAUAACAUCAAAGAGAGCAACAAAACUUUCCUUUUUGAUGCUUUGAAACAAGGAGAUUAAAAUUGAUCUGCUGCCUUUGUCUCCUUGUUAUUCUUUCUUUUACAGCGCUAAUGCUGUAAAGCUUUGCAGUAGGAUGCAAAAACCACUUAUCAGUAACCAGGUACUGAAUGAAACAAGACACACAUAAUUGGAGACCGGAGAGUGCAAGUAAGCUCCUCUUUUGUCCAACACUUAGUUGAAUUCGUAU